UCGUGAAGAAUCUGUCAUGAAACGUACUACACUUGUCGCUAACACUUCAAACAUGCCUGUGGCCGCUCGUGAGGCUUCAAUCUAUACAGCAAGUUUUCAUAUUCUUUUAGCCGUUUUGACCGUCGUACGCCCCAAGGCCCAAGACAUCGAUUCAAUCUCCAUGGUGAGAUUCAUCGUUCAAAACCAUAAUGUGUUGCCUUCAUCUCAAUGGAAGUCAAAACUCAAAAUAGCAAAAAGAAUCAGCAAGAAGGAUAGCAGAAUACAAACAAAUGUGAAAAUGAUUGGAGAUUUGGGAGCCAUAUUCACAAUGGUAUUUUAGAAACAAUAUUUGGGUUUGGUUGUAUGCUGCUGAGUUAACAUGGUCUCUAUAUCUAUAUGUAUGCAGGAUUCUGAGGCUUGUCUCUUUGCUACUCACUUAGAUGUGAUCAAGAAGAGAACAAACAACAAGAAGAAACAAUUGGUUUGGUUUAUUCCAAUUUUUUAUAAAUUGUGGAAGAGACGGGUCAUUGAAGGAAGCUGUGGUAAUUCGGUUUUCUAUUGAAAAUAAGGGUAAUAUAGUCAAUUGAUAUUUAAUCUCAUGUUGUUCCACCUUUUUUGGUGGAACAAAAACCAUCAA